UGAGCAUAAGCAUACAAGAAAAGAUUAGAAAAAAUGAAAGCACUAAGAUUAUUAUUUGCUGUUAAAACAUCAAUCUGCACCAACCACCGAUCUCAUUUCUAUUUUCUAAAUCACAAUCGAAAUUAUGAUUUGUUUCCACCCCCACAUAAAAUCUUGAAUCAUUGUUUUAGAAAGCACAAAUUUUUAUCAUGUUACAAGCAUAAAAGUAGGUCAUAUUCGUCAUCUUCAAAACAAGAUUCAUCAUUUCCUAGUGGUAUCGACCCCAUAAAUAUAGCGUCCACUCUUACAUCCCCUGAUGGUGUCUCUGCAAUUGAUGCGGGUAAUUCGUUGCGAAAACCGAUUAGUUUGUGGCCAGGAAUGUACCAUUCUCCGGUCACAAAUGCUUUAUGGCAGGCCAGGUCCUUUAUUUUUGAUAACCCUUUGAGUGCCACCACUGCUGAUGAUGUUAGUAAAACUCCGACUCAUAGCCGGACCACUAUUCUGUACCCUUUUUCGACCGAUUAUAUAUUAAGAGAACAGUAUCGGAAUCCUUGGAAUGGGAUUCGGGUUGGUAAGUUGCUUGAGGAUCUUGAUGCAUUAGCCGGUACCAUUUCGUUUAAACACUGCUUCAAUCAUGCCGGCAUGGCCGAUUCCUUGUUGCUGGUGACUGCUUCUGUGGACAAAAUGGUUAUUAAAAAACCGAUUUUGGUGGACAGUGAUUUGAAGAUAGUCGGAGCCGUUACUUGGGUUGGUCGAUCAUCUAUGGAAAUUCAACUAGAAGUCCUUCAGUCCACUAAAGAAACAUCUGAUCCUCUAGACUCACAAGCUAUAAUUGCAAACUUCACUUUUGUGGCACGUGACUCGAAGACAGGAAAGUCAGCGGUGAUUAACAAAAUCACACCUGAGACUGAACAAGAAAAGUUGCUUUGGAGAGAAGCAGAAGAGAGGAACAAAGCACGAAAAAAUAAAAGAUUACAACAAAAGAAGGAAAUUGAUAAUGAUCAGGAAUCAGAGAGACUCAAUGCGUUGUUGGCUGAGGGCCGUGUGUUUAGUGAUAUGCCAGCGUUGGCAGAUAGGGACAGCAUUCUUAUAAAAGAUACAUGUUUACAAAACUCGUUGGUAUGCCAGCCACAGCAAAGGAAUACCCAUGGCAGAAUAUUUGGAGGAUUUCUUAUGAGAAGAGCUUUCGAGCUGGGUUUUGCUACAGCUUAUGCCUUUGCUGGCAGUGCACCACUGUUUCUUGAGGUUGAUCAUGUUGAUUUCUUGAAACCAGUGGAUGUUGGAAACUUUUUGCGGUUCAAGUCAUGUGUUCUGUAUACAGAACUUGAGAACCCAGAGCAACCACUGAUCAAUGUGGAAGUUGUGGCUCAUGUGACUCGGCCUGAGCUCAGAUCUGCAGAGGUAUCCAACAAGUUUUACUUCACAUUCUCAACCAGCUCGGAUGAUAUAACAAGCGGUAAGAUACGUAGUGUUGUUCCUGCUACGGAGGAGGAGGCACGCCGAGUGAUUGAACGCAUGGAUGCUGAGAAAUGUUGAGCGGCUGCUUAGUGUAACUAUUUCUGUUUCUUGGAAAUCAAUCUUGUAAAUUUUGUUGAUCGCAAUUUAAACACUAAGAUUGAGCAUGUAAAAUACAAACUAAAGGCGACUGUUAAUUGCUGCAUGAAAAUGAAUAUUAUCGAUUUUUAAUGGAA